AUGUUAGAUCCACCACCACCAUAUCAAAAAGAUGCACCAAAUGGCGAGGUAACUCUCGCAUCUCAAGCUGUAACAUUGGAACAGACCCUCGAAUCAAACCUCCCACACUAUUCAGCAAUUACCACCUUCAAAAAUUAUUGGCGCCCCUGGUACUGUUUCAGAAGCUUGAUGUCGCUCGUGGUGUUCACAAUCUACCUUUUGGUGGUCAUUGGCUGCUCGGUUCAUGGAUUAAAGAGCUUAUACUUGGUUCACUUUGAUAACGUGGGAGGUCGUAUUUUGGUAAGAGACGAUACCUAUGCCGCUACGGCCAUGCCAUUGAGAAGGGAGAUAACCAGCGGGACAGAAUCGAGCGCCAUCGCCUUUAGGGAAGUAUCCUCUGAGGUACUGUCAAGUGCAUUUGCAGCCGUUACUGGAAUUUCCGAAUCGGGCAAUUUGGUUGCAACCCCACCAACACCCGUUUCUAGUACUUCUGCCACUUUCUCAACUACUACAUCUGCCACUUUGACUGGAUCAAAAAGCAGCUUCCGUUCUGUGACAGCAACAUGGCAAAUCUAUGGAACUGCUACCGUUUCUAGUGCAAGAGCCGCGGCAUCAUCAUUCCAUACAGUACCAGAAGCCCUGUAUCUUCCAAACCCUUUGGGAAGUUAUACGUCAUAUAUGGGCUACUUUGGUACCGUAGAGGACGGACACUAUCGUCAUAGCUGGGCAAUGGGCAUACCAGACGACUAUUACGUCAGUAUUUGGUCUUAUGGUUAUUAUUCCAGUGGAUACAAGACAAAGAGAAAUUCCAUCAAUUCUGGAAUAGAUUAUUCGAAAAUGGUCAAUUCCAACUCCAGAGUUUGGAUAUAUAUGCCCGGCCUAAAUUAUAAGGAAACCGAGAUUGGGUUUUCAAAAAAGUCCAAAUUGAACCACACUAACAAUAUUGCUAAAGCACUUCAGCCAUUGUCUGUGAUAUUGAUGGUGUCAAUAGUGCUCUUUGUGGGAAUGGUGUUUCAGAUACUUCCUCGGAAAUGGAAUCCUUAUGUCGCAUCUUUGACUGUGGUGUACUCAUUUGUAUUCAACAUUCUAUACAGCGUGGUUGCAAAAAAUUAUGCAACUUACAUUUCCACCGCAUUUUCGCUUCAAGAAAUCACCGUCAAGAAAGGAUCUCAAUCUGUUACACUAAUUUGGGUUGCUUUUGCGUUCCAGUGCAUUUUCUGCUUUGUUGAGUUGAUACUUUACUUGAAAUGA